AUGGACUCAUCAAAACAAUAUCUGAAUCAAGUCAUAUAUUCAAUCGACAAAACCUUAGAAAUUCUUCAUCAGCUUUCUUCUUUCGACGUUGACGUUGCUUCUCAUCUGAAUAAUCUUGUGUUUGAGUUUGAUAAUAUGGCCAAAUUAGGAGAAAAUUGUCAUAGUAUUAAAGUGCCAAUGGAAGUUCUCAACCUAAUUGAUAAUGGAAAGAAUCCAGAUGAAUUUACUAGGGAUCUGUUGAACAAUUGUAUUGCCAAAAAUCAAAUUACUAAAGGGAAAGUAGAUACAUUCAAGGAUUUAAGAGGGCAUCUAUUGGAGGAUCUCGAACAACGCUUUUCCUGA